GACAGAUCUGAGCACGCUGUUUCAUGCCUUUCGUCAAACACAUUUGGGCAAAAGUACGCAAACGUCUCAAAAGCAGAUGCCUUGACUUCUUUCAUUUUGGCUCAGCGGCAGUUUCAUGAAGUUUCAAGAAGUUUUAUGGCAAGGCCAUGAUUGUUUUCAAGGCUCACUUUCUUCUACCACUGUUGCAGCUCUCAGCAGUGGCCGUUCCAGAACGAGGCCUCAAGGUCAGUCACCACUCCGACGGCCUUGUCGUGCGGAGGCUUUCCGAUGAUCCAUUGCACACUCUCCAUACGGUCGAGACGUUGAACAUGGAAGCUUCUCUGGUUGUUCUGGAGUUUGUGCACGUUGCUCGCGGUGGUUACACGUCCAGCAGCUUCAGUAGUUUGCUUACUGCAAUUGAGAUGACGCAGAGUGAUUUAACCACAGGCAACCCAAGCAAGCAUUUGGUAGCGCCACCAAAUGCGGAAACAGCUGCGCAGUUGCAGCACGUUGUAGACACCACAAACUCAAUGCACGCAUUUCUUCGUGGCAACAUCGGUAGUGUUGCCUCUACUUCAACAGCAGUCUUGACCAAUCUCGACACAAGCUACAAAGCAUUGGUCGAGGAGUAUGACCAGUUGAUCGUGCAGUAUCAGGCAUAUGCCAAGAUGGCUGGAAUUGCUGAGAAACAGGUCGAAGCUUAUGCCUAUCGGCUUCUCUCCUAUUCGGUAAGGCUUGCGGUGGAGUGCAGCUUUAUUUUGCUCAACAUCGCAGAGGCCCAACACCUUGAAGAGUUGCAGGGCUUGCAGGUGCUCUUUUCGUCUCUUCUCGAAAGCAUCAUCUGGGGAAAUGUAGUUGCAGAUCUUCCAGAUCUUACCAAUGUUUGCCCGUUGCAAAAAGUCUUGACGGUGUCCAAGAUUUGGUUUGAAUUCGAGACCCAACUGCAACCGGUGCGAAAUCUGGAGACUUCUGUGAGCUCCGAAGGCAUCAUGGAUUCUGUUUGCCAGGCUUCACUGCUCCUUCGAGCCACUAUGCAGGCCUUCAUAGAUCAGCUUGAUCAGCCUGAUUGCAAUCCCUUGCAAGGUAUGGAUGCAGCCCUGUGGAGAAAUGGCAUCCAAGAAGUGAAUCGAUUCCGACAGCUGGUCGCCAAAGCCGCUCGCAUCUACAUGCAGGCCUUGGCCACCAGGGCGAGCGAUAGCAGCCAGGACGAGGAGCUCUUGGGGCUGACGAAGACUAUGUCAGAUGGGCAAGUGGCAAUCGCCAAUGCCUACAAAGGUUCAUAUCUUACGCAUGUACCAGUGGCCCCCACACAAGAGCUGGUGGAGUUGCUCAAGACGGUCUAUGAUGCAUGGCUCGGGUACAAACGCAACUUGGAACGAGUCAUACAGAAGGAGACAAGCAUUUCGCAGGAACAUAUGACCAACCAAAGCUUUGAGCUUGAUCGUCACCUCGAAGAGGUGGGCAUCCUCUAUGUUCGUGCAGCAAGUAACGCAGGGGAGUCACGGGCCAUCCUUUGGCAGUUGAUCCAGCAGAAUCGGGCAAUGCUGGAAAGCUUAGCGAAGGAGGCCUUAAUCAUCAGUGUAGGGGACACUGCUCAAGGAAAGACAGACAAGUUUGAUCUCAUGGCCAUGUCUUUCGAGAAGACUCAUUCUGAACUGCUACGUGGGGCUGGAGGCUCAGCAUUGGCAGCAGAGGUACCAGUUCCACGCACCACCGACGCGUGCAUUUUGAGCACGAUGGCCAAAGUGAAAACAGACUAUGAGGCCCUGAAGAGCAUUCUGAUCCAAAUGUACGGCUCCAAGGACUUCUUGAACAGUCAUCUUGGUUUCAUUGCAGCAGAAGCAGCCAGUCCGGUGCUGGUGGAUGCUUUCCUUGCUUUCAAGAGAGGCUGGGAUGAGUUCAGACCCUCAGAUGCCCUUCGAAUGCGGGAUCUGCAAAUCGCCUAUAUCUAUGCAAAUCCCAAUGCCGUCGGCUCGAAGGAUAAUCUGGAUCAUGCCCAAGGAGACGAGUAUUACCACCUUGCACACCAGCGAUACCAUCCCACCUAUCGAGCCAUUUUGUAUGAACGCAACUACUACGACAUUUUCAUCUUCGAUCUACAGGGGAAUUUGAUCUACUCCGUCUACAAAGAAUUGGACUAUGCCACCAACUUCUUGGCCCAUGGAAGUGGUGAAUGGAAGGACAGUGGUUUGGGAGAAGCCUUCCGGGCGGCCGUGAGGAACCCGGACAUCAUCAAUAUCAUCGACUGGAAGCCUUAUGGACCGAGCUCAGGUGCUUUGGCCAGCUUCUUAUCCACCGGCAUCAAGCAGGAUGGCCAGUUGAUCGGGGUCUUUUGCACCCAGAUGCCACCCGAGUCGAAGCCCGUGGAAGUUCGUGAGAUGCAACCCUUCUUGCAGACCGCCAUCAGUGUGAUCGACUCGGCAGUGGCUUCCUAUGCGGCAGGCUAUGGGACCUGCAACAUCGUCCUUGAUGCAAGGUCUUGGGAGAUCAUGAUGGAGGAGACCAAUCAGUUGAGGUGGAGGUUCUUCAAGACGAGCACCGAGUUUGCCCUGUUGACGCAUGGAUUCUCACAGAGUUGGCUCAAUGCAUCAGCGAUGGGCUUGGAAGAACACAAGAAUUACCUGGUGAUUGAGGCCUCCGAGUCUGGUCUGGCUGAUGCUCUGUGGAACUUCAAGCAAGCUUGGGAUGCCUUCAGAGAGACGGACGCCGAAAGACUUCUCAGUCUUCAAAUCGCUUACAUCUUGCUCAACCCCUUCCCCACCGGUGAGAAGGACAAGCUGAACCGUGCAGAUGGGAUUGAAGAGUACCAUGCUGUUCAUGCACAGUACCAUCCAACAUAUAGGGCGAUUCUCUACGAUCACAACUACUACGACAUCUUCUUCUUCGACAUGGGCGGCAACCUCAUCUAUUCCGUCUACAAAGAAUUGGACUAUGCCACCAAUUUCCUUGCAGAUGGACCCGGAGAAUGGAAGGACAGUGGUCUGGGUGAAGCCUUCCGAGCCGCUGUGGCCAACCCGGAUGGCAUCAACGUGGUGGAUUGGAAGCCCUACGGUCCCUCCAACGGCGCCUUAGCCUCCUUCCUCUCCACCGGCGUGCGGCGUGCGGGUCAGGUCAUUGGCGUCUUCUGCACGCAGCUGCCGCCGGAGUUCACGCCCAGGAACUCGUCGUCGCGGCUGCAGGAGACCGUGGAAGAGCUCCAGAACGCCUUGGAAGACUUCAAGUUCGGUGAGAGGAAGAAGUCAUUGAAUCCACCGGCCACGCAAGAGAUUUCCGAUGAACUGUUCCAACUCAGUGACACCUACGAGUCGAUACGAGGCGACCUCCUCGGAGCGCCAUCGAUGGAGAGCUUGAACCGAAUUCUCGGUCGGUCCGAUGACUUUGAUCGCUAUGCGAGCCGACUGAGUGAUGCGGUGCAAGAAAGAGCUUAUCAGCAAGAGCCAUCUUUGCAGGGUGCUAAGAUGCGACUUGCAGCUGAGAACUUGGCAAUCAUGCAGAAGAUUCAACGGAAUCUGGUGCUGAUCUACGUGGGUGGCUUUGAUUCUCUACGCGUGAGGCUGAUCACCAGCAUGACCAGAUUCGAACACAACCAGGCCUUGCUUCGAGAGGGCAAUCUGAAUCGAAGACUUGCCAUGAACGACAUACAACAGACAGGGUCUUUUGAAGGCCUUCAGCUCUUGGAUGCAGUAGACACUGCCUGGACUGCCUUAAAGCCAACAGUCCAAUCCAUCUCUCAGGGUUUGGCUGUAGAUCAAUCAGCCUUGAAGGGCAUUGUUGAGCUCGCAGAUGAUGCCAUUGAAGCGUCGCAAGCCGUGAAUCUCUACUUCUCCACCACGACCCGCACAACCACCAUGCUCGCGCUCGAAGUGCUCACGCCGUUGCCACUGACUGGGAGUUGGGCUGCUGGCACCACCUUCCGCCUUGCUGCACGCCUGGCUGAGGGAAUCAUCAACCAGGACCAACUGCUGCUCCCAGGCUAUCGAUUGCAGCACGUCUUCUUUGAUGACAAGUGCGACGAGAGUGUUGCCUCGGACGUUGUAGUGUCAGCGAUGGCUGCAAAGGACACCUACGUUGCCAUUGGUGGCAUGGGCUGUGACCAGGUCUGUCGGUCCAUUUCAUCCUUGGCGACAUCUUUAAGAUUGCCCUUUGUGAGCUACGAAUGCGCCUCGCCGGACUUCAGUGACACCAUCGCCUAUCCUGCAUUGGCCCGCAUGGGUACGGUGACCACUCCGGGUUUUUUGAACACGGUUCAAGCCUUGAAAGCGCAGAACGAUUGGAAGCAUCUCUUCGUCAUUUCGGGUGACCCCGCCUACUACCAGGUGGAAAUGGAGAGCUAUACCCAGAGCUUUCAAGACAUGGGAUUCAGUGUUCAGACUCUCAGUGCUUAUGAAAACCGUUGGAACGACAUCGAGGGGCGAAUGGCCACGGUGAAAGGCAGUACCAGCGGCAUGGAGCGUGUGAUCUUGGUCCUGGGUUCUGAAACCUUCUUCCGAAAGUUGAUUUGCGCGUCCAUCACCCAAGGACUUCAGUCCGGGAUCGUUUGGCUGUCCACGGGCACCUGGAGAGGUGAGUGGUGGAAGAAGACGGACUUGCUCACAUCAGCACACAGGCAAUGGCUUCGAGAAGAUGUGUUGGGUUUGCAACUGAAGCAAGCUUUUGCAGCCCUCAAGAGUGCCUGGGAUGAUUACUCACCCAGUGUGGAGACCACACGUCAGGCAUUGAUUGACCUCUACGUGACAGACCAGAAAGACGAGCUUCUGUCUGUGGAGGGAACACAGAAGUAUCAUGAGGUUCACGUCCAAUAUCAUCCAACCUACAGGAAGAAGCUCUAUGAUCGUGGGUACUACGACAUUUUCUUCUUCAAUUUGGAGGGCGAUUUGAUCUACUCGGUCUUUAAGGAGACUGAUUAUGGCACGAACUUCAAGGCCAGUGGCUCAGGACCGUGGAAGGAUUCAGGUUUGGGGCAAGCCUUUCGAGGAGCCUUGCAGGAUCCUGACAACCUUACUUAUAUCGAUUGGCAGCCCUAUGGCCCUAGUGCAAAUGCUCCUGCUGCCUUCUUCUCAACUGGUUUGAGGGAUGAGGAUGGCGUGCUCGUGGGUAUUUACUCCAUCCAGUUGCCACCUGAGUACGAGCGCUCCAUCGAAGAUCUUCAGCCCUCAUGCAGCUUUGAGAAGAUCACGGAAGCCUAUCAGGGUGCAGUGAAUGUGGCGGGUUUUGGCCGUCCCAUCGAGGAAAACAUUGAGAAGCCUUUGCCAUGCUUCAAAGGCUACAGUCCCCGGAGCUUUCUAUCCUUGCUGGCCCUACGCUUCGACACUGGCUACCCUGUAGGAGAACUGAGCACGCGAGUUGAGGACCCCUACGUGGAUGUGAAGGCUCAUGCCGUCGAUGCCACCUGCGCCUUCGCCUUUGGCAUCCAAUACCUCCUUCGACAGGGCCACAGCGUGGAGCAGAUUCAGAGGAGAGAUCCAGAGGUCUACAGGAAGUUUUCCGAGUACCUCCGAACGGAAUUGGACUUCGAGGGGACUUCUGGGCAAGUGAAGUUCGAAGGCAAUGACCGGAAGAACUUGCAAGUGGUGCAGCAAGUGGUCAACGGUGUCAUUCUGGACAUGGGCCUGAUUAGUGAGAAUGGCACUAGCAUCACGUGGAUUAGCAAUGGCACUACAAAUCUAUAUUGGCAAGAUGAGCCUGCUGAGGCCUUGGAACUCAUGUGGAUCCUUCACCCGCUCGCCAUGAUCUUCGCUAUUGGCUGCCCGUGUCUUUGUGGAUGUGUACUUGGAUACAGCAUUAGAGCUGUGAUGCAGAAGAGGAGCAAUGCUCAGUGAUGGAGGACUGACCAACCGCGACACUUCUAGAAGGACCCCAUGGGCUGAAUCACCGAAUGUGGAUCCAUUUGAUGGUCGCAUGCUGCUUUCUCCGAUCCGUUUUGAACGGUCACGAAUUCGUUUCCUGGAGAAUAUCGAAUCUAGGUAUAUCCUGGAGACUCAAUGGGCUGUGGGUCAGAACUGUAGGGACAACUUAUU